CAUCACUCUCGCAGCAUACAUAGCAUACCGAAGGGUUAGAGCAUUCGGAAAAGGCGCUCUCUUUUUUUCUUUUCUACUUUCAUUCCCUGAGCGACGAUAUCGUUAAACUAGAUCUUCUUUGGACCUCUUGCGACUCACGCGACCCGCAAUCUGUCCCAUUCCUUUGAUACCUAUCUCAACGCUUUCCCAUCGUCAGCAUGGCUAGCAAAGCCGCCACCAAGCGUUUGACACGCGAAUUCAAAACCAUUUCCGAGAACCCUCCUCCCUAUAUUGUUGCCCAUCCAUCCGAGUGUAACAUCCUGGAAUGGCACUAUAUUAUUACCGGCCCUGAGGACACACCGUAUCAUGGCGGCCAGUACUGGGGUACUCUCAUGUUUCCCCCGAACUAUCCCUUUGCCCCCCCCGCCAUUCGCAUGCACACACCCUCCGGUCGAUUCCAGCCCUCCACGCGAUUAUGUCUCUCGAUUUCCGAUUUCCACCCAAAGUCUUUCAACCCGGCAUGGGAAGUCUCGACCAUUCUGAUUGGACUACUCUCAUUCAUGACAAGUGAAGAGAUGACAACAGGUUCUGUUUCCAGCACAACCGCCGAACGAAAAUACCUUGCUGCUCGAUCGCGUUGGUGGAACUCGACCGGCGGCGGCUCAAACAUGAAGAGCAACCCAGCGAACAAGGGCAACGUCAAGGCUGGAGAUGGUGGCGCCAAGUUCCGAGCAGAAUGGCCCGAGGUUGAUGUUGAGAACUGGGAGUGGAUGACCAAGCACAAGGUUGACCCUAUCUCGGGCAACCGACUAGACGCUGAUAACAACGGAUCUUGUCGACCACAGCUGGGCAUUUCAGGGACCAGCGGACAUCAAACACAAGCCGUUGUCGAUGUUGUCAACCAACAAAGAGAUGCGAGCACAGGAUGGAUAUACCGCAACAAACUCCUUGUUGCCGGUGCGGCCAUCUUCUUUUACGUUCUUGUCGCCAGGAUUAUCACCGGUGAUGCGUAAUUUGAGUUUAUACUAAUGCGAUGGAGGUUUAUAUUUCUACCCAAAUCUUGGUUUUUUCUUUUAUCAAUGGCGGACUGGCGGGCGCAACAUGGUUCAACAAGCCAACACCUGUAACUCGCGCCUUAGUAUGGCGUUCAGGGCAUGUUCAGCAAAUGCUUUGACGUUUCAGUUGCUGACGAUCUGCUUCGCGAUGGGCAGGACUAGAACAGCGACUAGCAGACUAGAUAUAGCAGUGGUUAAUACAGCAUGUAGACUUUAUGCAA